AUGGGUACUGCGGUUAUCUGUCUAUCUUUUGCUCUCGUUGGAUGCUCGCUGUGGUACCUCCAUCAAACAAUCCGUCGUCGGUCAGUCAACAGUGUACUGGAGAAUAUUCCAGGUCCUCCUUCUGCAUCGUUUCUCAAGGGUUCUCUUGUACCAUUCUUCAAUCGUCACGCCUUUGAGCAUCAGAAAGAAAUCUUCAAGAACUAUGGGCCUACUGUCAAAUUGCAUAGCUUCCUGAAUCGCCCGAUGCUACUAGUGGGCGAUCCCAAGGCGUUGCAUACUAUGAUAAUCAAAGAGGAACAUAUCUUUCAAGAAUCCAACGUCUUCAUUCUGACGAAUCUCUUGAUUUUCGGACAAGGUCUGGUCUCUACACUGGGGGAGCAACACCGCAAGCAACGCAAGAUCUUGAACCCGGUAUUCUCUGUCAACCAUAUGCGCCACAUGCUGCCCAUGUUCUAUAACGUCAUUCACAAGAUGCGCGAUGCUAUACUCGACCAGGUCAAAGGCGGUAGCGAUCAAAUCGACAUGCUUUACUGGACGGGACGCGCUGCGCUCGAACUGGUGGGGCAGGGUGGUCUGGGGUAUUCGUUCGGCUCACUUGCCUCGGAGAUGCAAGAUGACUACGGCGACGCUCUCAAGGCAUUGUUGCCUACUCUCGUUAAUAUCGAUCUGCUACAGCGGCUACUGCCGUACGUCUAUGGUAUCGGGCCCGCAUGGCUGCGGCGCCUGGCUGUUGACGCGUCUCCAAAUACAGACGUUCAGAAGGUGAAGUCAGUGGUUGAUCGCAUGUCCAAGAGGUCCGUAGAGAUCUACGAAUCAAAGAAGGGCGCACUAGAGAAAGGCGAUGACGAGGUCGUCCAGCAAAUCGGAGAGGGGAAGGACAUUAUGAGCGUCUUGAUGAAGGCCAACAAAGCGGCGUCCGUGGAAGAUUGUCUAACAGAUGAAGAGCUUAUUGGACAAAUGUCGACACUCAUCUUCGCAGCAACAGACACGACCUCGAACGCGCUGGUUCAUAUGCUGCAGUUCUUAGCCGAUCGUCAAGACUGGCAGGACAAACUGAGGCAGGAAAUACUUGAAGCGGGCGCAGGAACGGGUAUACCCUACGACGAAAUCAAUAAGCUGCCGGUUCUGGACGCAGUCUGCCGCGAGACUCUUCGCCUAUUCCCUGCCAACACCACAGUCAUGCGUGUGCCCAACAAAGACACUGUGCUUCCGCUGUCUGAACCAAUUCGAGGUCUCGAUGGCAAGAUGAUUCACGAGAUCCCCGUUGCUAAAGGCACAGAAGUCCUUGUUGGUAUGUGGGCUUGCAACGUCAACGUGUCUAUUUGGGGAGAGGACUCCCUCGAAUGGAAGCCUGAACGGUGGCUCUCUGGUUUGCCAAAUUCGGUCAAGAACGCAGCUGUCCCAGGUGUAUAUUCCAAUCUGAUGACGUUUUUGGGUGGGAAGCGUGCUUGCAUUGGCUUCAAAUUCUCGGAGAUGGAAAUGAAGGUGGUGCUGUCCGUCUUGCUUUCGUCCUUCAUCUUCAAGCCGACCGGAGCGCCGAUCGUGUGGAAUCUAGGCGGAGUAAACUAUCCGACAGUUGGAAGAGAGAGCAACACACCUCGUCUCCCCUUGAAGGUCGAGGUGUAUACGGGUUCCUGA